AGGCAAAGAGGGAGAGCAGCUCGCGGGCUACCUCCUCCUGGGGUCCGCGACGCUGCGUACGGUCAUGGUCCGGCACCUCUUCGUGCACCCCGCCCACAGAAGACGCGGGCUCGCCGAGACGAUGGUGCGCGCCGUGACGCGCGCAUGUCUCGGUGCGUCACUGAGUCUGAGUCCGAGCGGGGCGGAGGCGAGCGGUGACGCAGCCGUCCGUGUGGACCUGCCGGGCUGCGGGGUGAAGCGCUCGGUGUGUCUGUUCUACCAAGAUCCUGGAGCGGCGAGGAUGUAUCGGCGCUGCGGCUUCGUCGUGGACGAAGACGCGCGGGACCCUGCUACUGGGGAGAGUCUGUGUUACGUCUAUGAGCUCGACGAACAGCACUAUGGCAUCGCCUGUAUGUAGGUGUCA